ACCGCCCCUUUCCUCCCUGGCUUUCCUCCGGCUUACAUGGCAAGCACAACAGCGUGUACGAGUGCUGACCGCAGGCAGCUGCUCUUCAUCGGCGUCGGCGCUCUGUCGGCCAGCGCUGUCGGCCUCUCUCUCGUCCUGCUGAGGCGGCAAUGGAGGCGGAGAGCAAGGCAGGCGGAGCAGGAGCCCUGCAGAGAGCGUGCCAGCUCACCGGCAGAAGAGGCGAGCGAUGACGGCAACGUGGUUGCCGGUGCUUUUAGUGCUGGAGGGUGUGAGGAGGAUUCUGAUUUUGACACAAGCAGGGCAGCGCCGGCCGAUGGGGCAGCCAAUGCACUGAACCAAAUGCCGCUCGAAGUGCUGCAGGUACGCUCAUUCACCUCGCACAGAGGCACUGAACAAGCCCUGGAUGCGAUGCAUGCCUCUUCUAUCCCGCCUUCUGUGUGUGGUUGUCUGCAGAGAGUUUUGCUAUGCCUGGACGGCAGCGGGCUGUAUGCCUUCAGCACCGCGUCACGUGCGGCCUUCCUGGACACAUUCGAGUGCGCAAAGAUCAUCGCGGAAUCCCACAGCGCCACACGCCCGGCCUCGCCCUCAUCCCACAUACGCUCGGCUUCACCAGCCACCCCCCAGACAACGACCACCUCUCGUCGUGUCUUCUCGCAAUUCGUGAUUGCGUCGGUCGCUCGCGAGUGGCUGAAGAGGAUGGGCUGCGGGAGGGUGCGUGAGGCCCAGCGGCAGGGCGAGAGGAUGCUCGGCUUCUUCUCCGUCUUCCACAGCGAGAAGGCGCACGGGCUGGUGUGUCUGGGGUUCGAUCCCGUGAAGGCUGCUGAGGGGCUGUCUGACAAGCGGAAGGGGGCACUCGCUGCCAGACUGAUAGACCUCCAGUACCCCAGGUGAGUGCGUUCAUGCGUUUCCGUCUUGCGGUGACUGUUGGGGGUGAUUCCUUCUCUCGCUCUCUGUCUCUGUGUGGGUGGGUGGGUGUCUGUCAGCAUGGCUGCGCGCGUGGCGCGUCAGAUAAGGAAGGAUUACAACGAGAAGAGGGACGUCAUGGACAUGCUCUCGUCCAGAGGUGCGAUACACACACACACACACACCCAUUCGUGUCUCGUCUACUCGGCCAUCAACACAUUGGCUCUGUGUGUGUGUGUGUGUGUGUGUGUGUGUAUCAGGGUUCAACCGUGAGGCAAUGGAGGUGGCCGACACGGUCGACUGCCAGGCGGGGCAGACCUACUUCUGA